UUGCCUCCCUCCGCCCCCGCGCGCGCGCGCACGUUGGUUGCGUUCCCGAAACCGAAAUUUAAGUGGAGGAGGAGCAGACAAAGCGAGGGAGCAGACGGAGGGAAGGCGAGGCGGCGUCGCGCAAUUCCCUUUCGGCGUUUCGCCCUCCUCCCCGCCCUCUUCGUCGGCGCCGCUGCCUUCCCCGGUACCAGGAACCCGAGGCGGAGAAGAGCGAAGGAGGUAGAUGGCCGCGUGGUGCUCCAUGGGUCUCGCAGCGGCGGCCCUGCUGCUCGUGGGCAUCGCCAUGCCGGUCUCCUUCGCCGCCGCCGCCGCGCACGCGCAGCCGCCGGCCCCACCACCCACCAGCGACGGCACAUCAAUUGACCAGGGGAUCGCGUACGUGCUGAUGCUGAUUGCCCUUGUGCUCACAUACCUCAUUCAUCCACUCGAUGCGGCCUCUCCAUACAAGCUCUUCUGAUCCUAAUCGUGGAUGUACCAGACUAUCGAUCAGUAGACCCAUCUAUGUUCGCAUGAAUUUAGGCGAGGUUGAGGUGUUGUAAUUUCGUAUGCACGGCAGAUGGCUACGAACAAGAGUGCUGGUGGUUCUCACCGGCACGAUUCUGUCGUUCUGAUGAGAUCGAUGCCCAUUCCUUGUUCUUGCUAUGCCAGAUUCUAUAUAUGUUUCACUGGCUCGUGUUGGCCUGUUGCAUCCGCUA